GUCUAAUUGAUUAUUAUGACAAAUAAUUAUAACAUCAAAAUUUUCCGUAUCUUUGACCAUGGGCUCAGAUUAUAUGCUCAAACCGAAGCGUAUACAUGUUUUUGUUAAUGGCAACUCAACAGAAAGGAUAUUCUUCAUACAUCCAAAAUGCAGACUGAGCUGGUCCUCCAUAAUGAAUUUUAUUGCUGAUCUUCUGAAACCUCAGCACGGCCCAAUUAAAGUACUGAGGAGAACAGAUGGCUGUCUUGUUAAUUCAUACGAAGAACUUGAGGACAAUGGAAAAUAUGUAGCUUGUGGAAAGGAACAUCUUAUAUCACUACCUGAAGGGUAUCGAACAGACUCAGAAAUAGAGAUCAGAGAAGAUCUAAAGGAGACUUCUUCAUCUGAGAUAAUGACAGCCAUAGGAAGUAACAUUCAAUAUCUUACUGAUACGAAUCAGAUGGAUGUAAUUACUAUUUAUGUGUUUAUGAAUGGACAAAGGACCAAACCAAAUAAAAUCAGUUUGUUGAAAACCGAUUUGGAACAUUGGAGCACUAUCCUUACUAUAGUUUCAAAACAAAUUAAUACUAGUGUGAAGAGCCUCUACACUAUAUUCGGAGAAAAAGUGAAAAAUUCUUCUGAAAUUCACCAUAGGGGUUUCUACGUUGCUUUACCAGAUGGAAAAUCAUUUGAUGACGUAUCGUAUCUUUCAAUCUUUUCAGCAAAAAAGCAGAGAAAAGUGAGAUUCAAACAGACAACACAACAGACGGUAUCUGUUUUAGAAGAAAGAUCUCUACCAAUUGAACAAGAUUCAGAUAGAGCAAUAGACACAGUGGAGACAAAUGAAGAGCUCGACAAGUCUGUCGCAAGGCUACAAGAACAAAAUUUCAUCCCUAACUGCGAGGUGAUAAAUGUGAAUGAUCCCACAUCGAAUUCACCCUGUAUACACGUGACUAUAGUACAAAAACCCUUCUCAGCUUCCAGACAUACGCCCGGUGUACCGGCCACAGUUUGCGCCACCAAGCCUAGCGCCAAACUCGUCCUAGAGAUGCUGAGCGACAAAGAAUUCAACACCACGUGCCAGUUGUGCAAGAGUACCCAAACUCAAAGUAUAGUUUGCGAGGCUGUUCCCAAGGGGAAAUGUAUGAUUGAAGUGGCUAACAAAAAAUUCCAUAUUAUAUGUGAUGAAGACACGAUCGUUCUUCCUUGUGGGACAUACUUCAGUUCACAUAGGUCUAUGAAGAAGCCAUGUACUUUUCCUCUGGGCAAUGAAUCCUUAUCGUUGGAAAAUAUUGCGAAUCAUAUUGUCGGAAUAAUUGUAGACACUUCGGAAUUUUGUGUCACACGUGCAAUCUAUGGUGUAGAAGAGCCAAAAAAUGAGAUCGAAGAAAAGAAGGAUGAAAAAGGAACUGACGGUGAUGUGAACCCCACUAAAGAUAAAGUAUGUGAUGAAAUGUUGAAAACACAAUUAACUGAACCUCCAGUAGAAAGGAAAGUAAAGUUUUCUCCCGUCGACAGUGUCCCCAAGUUUUUUGAAAAUAAGUGAAUGUAUAAAAAUAUUGAGAAAUAAAAUGUCAAUUAUAAAAA